GUAUAUCGAUAAUUAAUAAAAGGCAGGCUCGAGUCAUUAGUUUUUUUCGUCUGUCCAAGUAAAAUUUAUGUUUCUAAAAAUUAAAUAAACAAAGUAAGGUUUAAACGGUACCACUCCAGAGUCUACAGUACUCCCCGGAGCAACGGCACAAAUAAGAGAUAAAGGCAGCGAACUGGUGAACUGGUAAAGCGCGCUGCCCCGUUUCGUUUUGGAUGCUCGUCAAGUAUUAUUAUGGAACAAGGAUGUCCUCCAGCUGCUAGCGGGAAUUCCUGGACCAGUGCAGAGGAGGGGUGUACGGUCAGCGGCCAGCUCAUUGAACUGAAGAGUCAGGCGGCGGCAGCGGCAGCGGCAGCGGUAGCGACGGCGACGGCAACUACCAGCCAGGAAGCAGGAGCAAAGACAGCAAGAUCAGCUGUAUCAGCAUUUUUAUCUAUGUCAACUCUGAGGGAGGAUGUGGAGGACGUGUGCGUAUCGUCGAACUCUCAGCAUGGCUUCGCAGUAGUGCUGGAUGAUGAGUCCAGCACCUCCGGGGUGCUGGAGACCUUUGAGAUUAGCUCUUCCAACUCACUGCCCACCAGCACGAGGCCGGCAUCUACCGUUGGCGUGGUGGUGGCCGUGGAUGAUAGCUCCUCCACAGACACCAUUAACGACGAUGACCAUCCCUCCUCCGAGCACAGUCAUGGGGGCUUCUUCAAUGAUAGUGAGGAGCCGCCGAUUGUCUGCCUUAUAAACGACGAUGAUGAUGAUGAUGAAGAGGAGGAGGAGGACGUCGAGGAAGUGGAGGCAGAUGUGGAGGAUUUGGAAGAAGAAGAUGAAGAGGAGCUGAUCGAGGAUUAUGAUGAUGUGGAGGACAUUGUGGCUGGCAUCGACUGUCCAAACACAUCACAAAUAGCCCUGCCCGACGGCACCAUCAUGACCGCCGAUGGCUCCAAAAUCUUCCUCGAGACACCCGUCGUGGAGGAGGCUCUGCCGCAUCCCCAUCCCGAUGGGACCGAUGUACCGUCAGAGUUCGGCGAUCAGGUCGGAAAACCGAAGCGCCUGAGCGACGAAUUUAUGCUUAACGAGGAUCAGGUGGAAGACCAGCACCAGGAAGCACAUCCACAUGGAAGAGGAACCAAGUCUGAGCCAGGCAACUCCGACGACAGCCGGCCGGAGGCAGACGAUGCCGCCACAUCCACAUCAGUCCAUGACAGGCUGAUGUCAGUGCGGCUGAGGCAGAUGAGUCUCACCGCCAACGCCACGUCGAACCCCUCGCCAGCCGCAUCGGCCACAUCUGCCGCAUCUGGUGGUGCGCAAGAGGAGGCCUCUGCAUCCACAUCUAGCUGCAGCUCCAACUCCAACUGCAACACCCAGCCCCUGUCCAAGGCGGACAUCCAGUCGAUGGAUCUGAUAGAGCGGCGCGACUUUGAGACAGAGCAACGUCUUACUGGUGGCAUCAUUCUGCGCACCAGCUCACUGCUGAGUCGGAACAAAUUGAAUCUAAGUCUGAUCAAGUCCAUGGGUGGCGGAGGGACAGCAGCAGGACCCGGAGCAAAUGCCGGCGGAAGCGGCGGAGUCAUCAGCAGCAGCAGCAGCGAUGAUUGGCCCAGUGGCAGCAACGGACGAACCGUCUCUUCGGACAGCAAGUGCACGUACAAGGAUCUAUCGACGACCCCCACGAGCAGCCGCAAGUAUACCAACAGUCGGCUGAGCAAGUCCACUGCCAAACUGAAUCUAGGAUCCACCCUGGGCACAUCCUCAACAGUGGGUGCAGCAGCGUCCAGCAGCUGCAGCCAGAGCACCAGAUCCUGCACCAUGCCGCAGUCAUCAGAAGCGGCGGGCUCAGGAACCAGUUGUACGGGAGCUGCUCGAACGGAUGUGUUCACCAAUACCAAUUCGAAUGACGCUCCAUCCACAUCUACAUCCACAUCUACAUCCACAUCCACAUCCACUUUGAGCUGUCAGGAGCAGGAGGAGAAACCUAGUGCAUCAUCAUCCGCCCAGUCCAUCUCCUUCAGCUCUGUGGGCUCGCAGACUUCUCAGGAUGGCGGCCGCACAUACGCUUUACACUCCACGUCAUCAUCCGGAUCGGCCUGUUCCGGAUCGGCAGUUGCCGAUGAUGCCCAGGCCUCGACGUCCACGUCAGCAUCAGCAUCCUCCUCCUCGACAUCAGGCAGCACAACGCGACGUGAGUACGCAGCAAAGGCGACGCGCCAAGUGAACGCCAGUGCCCAGACACAGGAACGUCUAUUUGCGCGCCUACCAGGUUGCGGCGGCGUGGCCGGUGUAGCAAAGACAUCGGGCGGUGCUGCAGCUCAUGCAUUGGUCACACGUCAAAGACGCAAUGGCUCCAACGAUGUCAUAGUCCUGGAGGUUGUAGUCGAAGAGGGCGCCGCGGGUGCAGCUGGAGCCAACAGCAGCAACAACAACGUCGUAGAUGGUGGUCUGAUCGAACCGGGAGAUGGCGAUGAGUCGUGGUUCAACUGCGAUGAGGAGAACAACUCGGAUUUGGAGGAGAUUUGUACGUGCCAGAAUGGCAAUAGUGGCUACAGCAGCGGCAGCAACGGCAGCCUCAGCGAGCCCUACGACAUGGAACCAGUGGAGUACGACGAGCCCAUCUCAUUUUCCACAUCCUCCUCGGCCAUUGGCGACGGCGGCUCCUCCACCGCAUUCACCAAUACCGGAACAUUGAUUUCUCAACAGCGCAAGCGCAAAUACAACGAAGUGCGCAUUCUCGAGGGCUGUGAGUAUUCCAUGGCCAUCUCGGCCAGCGGCGGCAUUGGCGGUGCUGGCUUUGGAGUCGGCGAUAAUAGCCGCAAGCGUAUUGCCUACGAUUUUGCAUCCACUCCACGCUCGUCGUCACAGCACUUGGGCCCCACAGCGGUGCUGUCGCUUACGCCAUCGCUGGUGUCCAACGCCAGCACCACGACACCGAUUGGGCGUCGUACACCCCGCGGGGUGUCCGCCCGUGACAAUCCGCCGCCAGAGCUGCAGCACUGGCUGCAACAGUUCCAGCGCUGGUCCCAUGUGGAGCGUCUGCUGGCCGUCGAUCGUCUGAUUGACCAUUGCGAUCCGUCGCAAGUGCGUCACAUGAUGAAGGUGAUCGAGCCACAGUUCCAGCGGGACUUUAUUUCGCUGCUGCCUCGGGAGAUAGCCCUGUUGGUGCUGUCUUAUCUGGAGCCGAAGGAUCUGCUGCGUGCUGCCCAGACGUGUCGCAGUUGGCGCUUCCUCUGUGACGACAAUCUUCUGUGGAAGGAAAAGUGCCGCAAGAGCCAGAUCCAGACGGAAUCGCGUAGCGACCGACCAAAACGGGGACGCGAUGGCAACAUGCCGCCCAUCUCAUCGCCAUGGAAGGCCGCCUAUAUGCGGCAGCACAUCAUCGAGAUGAACUGGCGCUCGCGACCCGUGCGCAAGCCGAAGGUGCUGAAGGGCCACGACGAUCAUGUCAUCACAUGCCUGCAGUUCUCUGGCAAUCGUAUUGUGUCCGGUUCCGAUGACAACACCCUCAAGGUGUGGUCUGCAGUCAAUGGAAAGUGCCUACGCACACUGGUGGGCCACACUGGUGGUGUUUGGUCGUCGCAAAUGUCUGGUAACAUCAUCAUCUCGGGCAGUACGGAUCGCACGUUGAAGGUUUGGGAUAUGGACAGCGGUGCCUGUGUACACACACUCCAGGGGCACACGUCCACUGUGCGAUGCAUGCAUCUGCAUGGCAAUAAGGUGGUCAGUGGCUCUCGAGAUGCCACCUUGCGGGUCUGGGACAUCGAGUUGGGCUCCUGUCUGCAUGUCCUUGUGGGCCAUCUGGCGGCUGUGCGUUGUGUACAAUACGAUGGAAAGCUUAUUGUGUCCGGAGCGUACGAUUACAUGGUCAAGAUCUGGCAUCCAGAGCGGCAGGAGUGUCUGCACACGCUUCAGGGGCACACAAAUCGCGUUUACUCGCUGCAGUUCGAUGGUGUCCAUGUGGUGUCGGGUUCCCUGGACACGUCCAUUCGUGUGUGGGAUGCGGAAACGGGCAAUUGCAAGCACACUCUGAUGGGCCAUCAGAGCCUGACGUCGGGCAUGGAGCUGCGCCAGAACAUACUCGUCUCUGGCAAUGCCGACUCCACUGUCAAAGUGUGGGACAUCACAACUGGACAAUGUCUGCAAACGCUGUCGGGUCCCAACAAGCAUCAGUCCGCGGUCACUUGCCUGCAAUUCAAUUCACGAUUUGUGGUCACCAGCUCGGACGAUGGAACUGUCAAGUUGUGGGAUGUGAAGACGGGCGAUUUUAUACGCAACCUCGUUGCUUUGGAUUCGGGUGGCUCUGGUGGUGUUGUGUGGAGGAUUAGGGCAAAUGAUACAAAGCUGAUUUGUGCGGUUGGCUCACGCAAUGGGACAGAGGAAACAAAGCUUAUGGUCCUGGACUUUGAUGUGGAGGGCGCUUGUGUCAAGUGUUCAUAGGAGCCACUCAAUAGGCUGCAGCUGCAGCGACCACGUCUGCUGAUCUGCAUUGGUAUGGGUAGCAGCGUCGUCAAUCGAGAUUUCACUCAAGGAACAAACAACAAAACAUUUGGAGCCACGAUUUACACACAACCACAACAACAAUCAUCCAAACAUCAGAGGUACACAUACAGCGGAUGGGUGAAUCCGUAACGUAACUUAAUGUAACGUAAUGUAAAUGUUAACGCUUGCCUUGCCAACAAAAAUUCAGCUGCUAACAUAUAUCCACACACACUACACUCUUACACCACACACAUACACGAACAUAUUGUGAGAGAGCGAGAGACGCGCCAGAUUGGCGUGGUUUUUUUUAGAGGUUGGGAGGGGGUGUGGCUGUGAGGAGUAGAGCGGAGAGGAGAGUGUGUCUUGUUAAUAAUUUGUUUCUUUAAUUAACGUUGCUUUAUAGCCAAAAUUCGUUUUCCACCGUAGAAUAAUUUUUUGCUCCUUAGUUUUUAUUACCAUUAUAUACAUACAUAGCAUACAAACAUACAUUUAGAUAUAUAGAGAUCGAGGAACAGCAUACGAGUAUAUUAGUUAGUUGUCGGUCUGAUGAAGUGCGUCUGGAAAAGAAUAUAAUAUUAGGUAUUACGAAAUUUUAUGCAUACAAUUACAGUUAACAGUUUACAGCUACAGAAGAGAAAUAUUUUCGAGUUGAGGCCCUGAAAGAGAGAGAAAGGCGAGCGUUUCGUUUAUGAAAAACACAGCUUUAUAUUGAUUAAAUUGGUAUUUGCUUAAUUUGAAUUUAAAGAUGAUUAAUGAUUAUGAUGAAUGAUGUAUAUGUUAAUAUUUGCACUUGAUUUGAGAUUGAGUUUUCGUGCCGUUUAUGCCGAUUAUGUUAUAAAUUUAGUUGUGGUUCCCGUUUUUUGUUUUAACUGUACCCCACGUAGUACCACGUGUGUCCAUGUAUCCAUGUUGUAAUUAUUUAAUUGGGUUUGAUUCGACUCGAUUCGAUUCGACACCACACCACCAUCCCAUUGGGGUAAUUCCAAAUUCCAUGUGGGUGCGGGGAGUGCGCCUUCAUUUGAUUUUGACUAAAAUUCCUCAUUUGCCAGGAACCUGCCACAAUUGCCGUAUAUACAUAUAUAGCGUUAAGAAGAAGAGUCAUCCCGUUAGUAGUCUCGUGAAGAGCAGCUCACACCCACACACACA